UCUGGGUAACUUGACAUGACCUUAGUGUUUCCGCUCCCUCUUGGUCCUGUGUCAGUCGAAUCCAGUUCAGAGCCAGUGUUCCCAGUAAAUCCAGCGUGACCAGCAGUGUCGGCGGGUCGCGGAGUGCGAGUCCGGACGUUCCGUUAAAUUACCGGGAGCACCGGGACAGACGGCGGGAAAAUGGCGAAGACGUACGACUAUCUGUUCAAACUGCUGCUGAUCGGUGACAGCGGCGUAGGUAAAACCUGCCUGCUGUUCCGGUUUAGCGAAGACGCCUUCAACACCACCUUUAUCUCCACCAUCGGAAUCGACUUUAAAAUCAGGACGAUCGAGCUGGACGGCAAGAAAAUCAAACUUCAGAUCUGGGACACAGCAGGUCAGGAGAGGUUCAGGACCAUCACAACAGCCUACUACAGAGGAGCCAUGGGCAUCAUGCUGGUGUAUGACAUCACCAACGAGAAGUCCUUCGAUAACAUCAGGAACUGGAUACGCAACAUCGAGGAGCAUGCGUCUUCAGACGUGGAGCGAAUGGUUCUGGGAAACAAGUGCGACAUGAACGACAAGAGACAAGUGUCCAAGGAGAGAGGAGAGAAGCUGGCCAUCGACUACGGGAUCAAGUUUUUAGAAACCAGCGCGAAGUCCAGCAUCAACGUGGAGGAGGCCUUCCUCACGCUGGCCAGAGACAUCAUGAGCAGACUAAACAGGAAAAUGAAUGACACCAACCCGCCAGGUGGAGGAGGGCCAGUUAAAAUCACAGAGUCUCGCUCAAAGAAGAGCUUCUUCAGGUGUUUGCUGCUGUAGGCGGGGCCUCCUCUCAGACCUCCUCCUCUCAGACCUCCUCCUCGGGCUCCUGCAGAGCUGAGCCUCCUGUUGCAGGAGGACGACAGGAACAGAACUAUGGACACAUGAAGAAGAAAACGUCUCUUCAGAAAGUUCCUCUGCUUCUCAAUCAGCUCAAGUCUUCUUCUUUACUUCCUGUACGGCCUCCACCUCUUCUUCCUCCUCCACCUCCUCCUGUUUUAAUGUUUCAUGGCAGCUCAGCAGGAGACGCAGCGUGUUGAAAAAGUUUGUAAAGAAAGAACAUUAAGUGAUGACGAGCAGAGGUCAGUUUGACAUCAAGUUUUUUCAGUGUUACCAAAGCUUGUAUGGAGUGAUGUGAUGUCUCACUCCAACUCCGUUUAAGUGUUGCAGCAGCAGUUUUGUUACACAGACAAAGACGCAUGAAGGCCCGAUGAUUAUAAUCACCGUCAUCGAUCAGUCAGUUCAAACCAGCUGAUGUUUGUGACAGAAAACAGGCUUUAUUACACACGGUUAAUUAUUUGUAUGCGCAAAUUAACAUAAAGUUAAAUGUUUCAAUAACCAUCAAUAAAUCAAACUAAUAGUUUAUUCAUCCUUUUAAUUCAGAUUUCCUGUUAGCAACAUGUCAUGUCUCCUGUCAACAGGUCUCCUGCUGUCAGAUCUUUGAUAUAUCAAAUGAUAUAUGAACUCAGUCAGCACCGGCGUCAUUCUGUUGGUGCCUCAAACAUACGCAGUGUUUUAAGCAUCUGAAUAUUUCACGGAUCUUCGCUGGUUUUCGAGCUGCUGCCUUAAACUCCGUUCGUACCUCCGUCUUCGUGUCUGACGCGUCAUUAACUCAGAUGUCUUCUUUUGUGGUUCCGAUGACUCGAGUAGGAAUCAGCUGACAUUCAGAUGGAUUUCUGUCCAGUCUGAAGUCCUCCCUCCUGUCAGAGGAACCUGAUCAGAAAUAUUAACCUAUCAGCUAUCUGUAUCGGUCUACGAUCAAUACUCUGAUUAACAAUCUGAUCUGACUGUGGGUCGGCGUUUGUUUGACAGAAAAGCUUCAUCAUCAUGUCUGGAUGGUGAUGAUGAUGAUGCGUUCAGGCGCGUUGCUCUGUUGGUUCUGUUUGUUCUCUGAGCUCCACGGUCUGAUCCUGCAGAUCUGAUCUGUUGAUUCAGUCUGCUGCUGCCCGCGUUGGCAGAGCAGCAGUCAGGUGUUGAAGCUGACUCAGGAUCAGCCGAGCUGCAGACGUGAAGCAGUGAACGUGUUGGGCAGACUGAUGCUGGAGCAGACGUCAGGCCUGUAAAAACAUGUGCAGCUCAAAUGCUCACUCGCACAUUCAGACUGAGAGGCGUUCACUGUCUCCUUGUUUUUCUGAACUUAUGAAGUUCUUUUAUAUUUUUGUAUUUUAUUUCUGUGAUGCUCUUUAAUAUGCCAGAAGGUUUUUUUUAAUCAAACUGUUGUUUAAUUCUUAUUUUUGUAUUAAUCAGAAAUACUUCAGUCAUGUCUUCAAAACGCUGCAUUCAGGUGCAGCUGCGUUCAUUCUAAUUUCAUGAUACUCACCAUUACUUUACACCAAAUGACUGAUUUAUAAACUCAGCUCCUUUUGAAACGCUGAAAUGGCUGAUGUCCCAGCUCGGAGCUCUUCGUCACUCCGACGACAUCAUCUUCACUUCAUCAGAGUGGAAAACGUUUUCUACAGUGAAAAGCUGUCAAGUGUUGUGUUUACGGACUGUCAGAUACACACAGAAUCACCCGAUCAGUGCAGAUCAAUACUGAAGUGACGUCUCGUUCAGUUUGUUCAAAAUGUUGAGAAGCAAAAAGGUAAAGACGACAUCACUUCCUGUGUCUGAAAGAAGUCAGGAAGUGAACGGUUUGAACUGAACCGAAGUGGACUUCAGUUUUGAUAAUCAGCUGAACAAUAACCGAUAAUCAUGUCAUGACAACAUGAAGCCGCAGGAGGACCGAGACAGAAAACUGACCUGAGCGUCUCGUGUCUCUGCUUCCUGUUGGACCUCCGGCAUCAACAUUUCUAAGACAAAUAUUAAAUUUUUACAUCAGUC